AUGACUUCGAGCAAUCUCCCCGGAUUUCUUAGCCUGGCUGUAGAGACACGACUGGAGAUAUACCAGAUUUGUCUAUUGGAUGCCAAUGAGAUACCAGAGGCCAAGGUCUAUGGGGGACUACUCAGUUCGAAGGAACGUGGAGUCAUACAUCCUCUGACACUCGUCAAUCGGCAAAUUCGACAGGAGCUCACUCAUUCACUCCUCCAUGGGCCGAAGCUACCAUAUACCAUUCGGGUGACUCACCAAGGCAACCUGUGGGACAGUAUCUCGCGCACAAGCUUCCUAGGCAAGGGCGAGUGGGAUACGUUCCGCGGCAUGACGAGCCUUCGAGUCGAGAUCUGGGCAGCCCGACAUGAGCGGCCAGUCGAGACUCUUGAGGUUUGGGAAAAUCUUAGGUAUCUCCGCAACGACAUAAAGCGUUUACCUGGCUUGAGGACUCUAGCGGUUCAAUUUGUGGACAACAGUCAUGCGGCUUGGAGGAAUGAGGAGACUGACACCCUCCAUAAUACCCUGAGCUAUACUGGAUGGAAUGACGGUAGUGGCGAGGAGAAAGACCUUAUGCGUAUGGUCAAUCUGUUGAGGCCCGUUAGAGCAGAGAAGGUAACAAUCGACUUUCAAUGCCCUAAACUAAGCCGCUGGCUUUCAGAAUUGGUCAGUGGGACUGCACGUCGGAUGCAGAGAAAAGUGGGAACGCAGACUCCACUCGACGAAGCAGAGACACAAGAAGCGUCUUUAGAUGGCGUGUGGGACAGCCGGAGAGAGUUCUAUCUCCUGAAGCGAGGAGCAGAGAUAGCUCAUAGCAAGCUAGUCGCACUCGCUGCUAAAGGAAAGCUUAGCCCUGAUGAAUUCGUGAAGUUCAUGACGAUCUGGUCACCAAAUUUCUGGUGGGCGAAAGGAUCACUGGGAUAUUCUGGGCUGCGACAUCUAGUCGACACGCAGGAUGAAGCCGGUAAGCCCAAUUGUCUGGGAAUGAAUGCCCUCCUUUUUCUGUCUCCACCUCGAGAUAACGUAUCGUAUGCUGACACGUUGCUCAUCUUUAGCCAUGACUGCGGCAUAUCAAACGCUGGAUAA